AUGAUGUACAAUUGCAUAUAUUUAGACAAACCUAUAGUUCAGAUCGGAAGUCCGGAAAGAGAUGACAAAUCUGAUGUAAUAAUUUAUCAUGCAACAAUUGAAUCUAUUCCGGAAGCCCUAAAAGCUGAAUGGAGAGUUCAACAAAUCCCAGAAGAUGAUUUCAAACCAAUAAAUGUCCAUGAUUCCAGUUACAGAGGUUCUACUGUUUCCUUACCAUAUCCAGUCCUGACUGUCCAUGGAUAUAGUCAAAAGCAUGGUCAAAGAUUUGAAAUCAGAGUGACGAAUUUCAUUGGGGAAACUAGAGAGGUUAUAUAUGAUCAAGAAGCAGUAACUGAAGGUGCUGUAUCUACAUGUAAUACCUUAAGAAAAGUCUUAGAAAUUCUGAAACGGGAAGGACUGUUCAGUAACUGCGAUGUAAUUUUGGUACAAUACGUAUUACGAAGGAUCGGAUGCCUUGAUCUCUAUGAAAGAUGUUACAAAUAUGCUCAAGCUUGCGAGGCGCUGUGUUUCUUUGAAAGGCAGCCAGAAAACGGGUAUACAACUGUCGGGUUUCACAUAGAUGGCAAUAUCAAAGAAUACUCCAAGGAGGAUAUCUACUCUAUACGAGACACAGUGGCCAAUAUGCUGGAAUGUUCGGAAGAGUAUGUUGUUAUUAGUGGAAUAGAACUUGUUAAAAGCUUUUUGGUCGUGUUGUCAAUAAAAGAAGAGUAUAUCUUUGCGGUACUGUCAAAUGCUCAAGAUAUUUUUGAACGUCUUCGUUCUUUGAAUGUGGAUUAUCUUGCCUGGGGUGAUACUGUUAUUCGAAAAGGACACACCAGCAAAGAACAAGAUGUGGAGUUAGCUAAAUGGAUAACUGAGGACAAACUUUAUCAGGAAACUCAUUGCUUUCACGAAAUGAUGGAGAGAGUGAGAAGUCAAAAAUUUGUAACAUUUGUGGGUGGCCCUGGAUCAGGGAAAUCUGCCACCGCUCAUCACAUUGCUUUAAUGCUCCAAAGUGAGAAAUAUGCGGUAAAACCAGUUAAAGACCUCAGGGGAAUUAUACAGAUGGAAGAAUUUAACUACUCAUAUAAACAGGUUUUUGUCAUUGAUGACGUGAUAGGUGUAUUUGGCCUUCAGAGAACAAAAUUAGUUUUUUUCGAUGAUGUUUUUUCACGACUUUUUAAGUAUGAAAAAUGUAAAAUUCUCUUUACAUGUAGAGAGACUGUGUACAGAGAAUCCUUAUCUUACGACCCGUCAUUUGAGUGGUAUGAAAAUAUUAUUAAUUUGCACAGUUCUGAAUAUGCAUUAGAUGACAAUGAUAAGAAACUUAUGAUGGAGAAUUAUGGCUUACGUUGUGAAUUACUGUCGCCAUCUUUGCUGACAUCGGCUUCUCAUAUGUUUCCCUUUCUCUGCAAACUGUUCUCAAAGGAAGAAAAAUUCAGAAAUUUUGGUUCAAAGUUUUUCACAAAUCCAAAUGAAUGCAUUAUCACUGAACUUGAUGAGAUGCAAGCAAAAAACAAAUUCUUUUACGCUACGUUAGUUUUGUGCAUAAUGAAUGAAAAACUCUCUGAAAAUAUUCUAGAAGAUUUGGAAAAUGCCGUUUUCCUUGAAAUGAAAAACAGUGUGUUAGCAAAUCUUGACGUGCAGCCUUCCACUGAUACAUUCAAAUUUUUAGAGGCAUUGUCAAAUAUGGAGGGGACAUACACAAAAAAGAGUGGCACAGAGUACACAAUUAUGCAUGACUAUUUGUACGAAAUUUGUGCAUACCAUUAUGGUCAAAAAUUUCCAGGCCAAAUGCUGCAGUACAUGAGCAGUAGUUAUAUUGCUAACAAGGUAAAAUUACAAAAAAAUGAAGCAAGCAAAGUGUACAAGAGCGAAGAAAAAGAGGUUUUUGAUUCAGAUAAUGGUGAUGACAGAAACAAUAAGAAUGGUGACAAAGGUACUGGAAGUGAAGAAUGUUUUGAUCUGUGUAUAUGGUUAAGUGAGGAUCUGUAUCCAAUGUUAGCAAAAAGGUUGUACAGAGACAUACAGGAAAUGGAGCUGGAUAAUCUCUUUACAAAUGAUGUUUUAAAGCAUCCAAAAGUGUGUCAGACUUUUAUUGAUGUGUUAAAAGAAAAGUCGUACAAUGAAAUAAAAUCUUUAUUCCUGUAUGAACGGUUAUUCUCAAGGAUCUCGGAAGUUAAGGUGAGAGUGCUCACAUGGGUGAUCCUCUAUGGACAUUAUGAUAUUCUGCAAUACAUUGUUGGUGAAAUUGAAAAAUAUGGUAAGAACAAAUCUGAUCUAUUCUACAGAGAUGUCGAGCACCAACACUGGAACACACUGAAAAAGACUCUUAAUAAAGACAUUCUCUCAGAUGAAGAAAGAUAUAUGCUACUGCUAAGUUCCUACAGUGGUAAUCUUGAAACUGUAAAAAUUGUUCUGAAGUUUGUGAAUAAAGAUUCCAUCAAAAAGCCGAUUAAACGCAAAUAUCUUGAAACAAGGUUGCUGAAUUCAAAAGUCGAAAACGAGUACAGAUGGAAAUGUGUGCCACUUGUAGUUGCAUUUGAGGGAGGGCAUUUAAAUAUUGUUCAUGAACUAAUUAAAGCGGAGGCUGGUAUAAAUCUAACAGAUAAAGAGGGGCGUACACCACUGAUAAUUGCAUGUGAUGGAGGACAUCUGAGCAUUGCACAGGAACUAAUAAAGUUUGGAGCUGACCUCAAUGUUCGGGAUAUUCAAGGGAAUACAGCAAUGAUAACUGCAUUUAAGAGAGGACAUUUUGACCUUAUGCAAGAAUUAAUUGAAGCAGGAGCAGAUGUCAAUCUACCGAGUGAAGACGGGCACAUUAUUCUGAUAGACGCAUGUGAGGGUGGCCAUUUGAAUAUUGUUCAAAACCUUAUAAAGGCAGGGGCUGACAUCAAUAUACGUGAUAAAGAAGGGAAAAUAGCAGUGGUAACUGCAUCAAUGAAAGGAAAUCUGAGCAUUGUGCAAGACCUAGUAAAGGCCGGGGCUGAUAUAAAUCUAAAGAAUAAAGAAGGGAAUACACCAUUGAUAACUGCUUGUGAGGGCGGAUAUUUGAACAUGGUACAAGAACUAAUAAAAAUGGGUGCUGUGGUUAAUGUACAAAAUAUAAUGGGGAAAUCACCACUUAUAGCAGCUUGUAUUGGUGGGUAUAUGUGUAUUGUUCAAGAACUUUUCAAGGUCAGGGCUGACGUCAAUCAUAUAGGUAUGGUGAAAAAUACGCCAUUAGUAGCCGCAUGUAAGUAUGGACAUUUGAACAUUGUCCAAGAACUAAUUAAAAUGGGGGCUGAUGUGAAUCUACAGGAUAAUGAGGAGUGUACACCAAUCAAAGCUGCACGUGAGGGUGAACAUUUGAACAUUGUUAAAGAACUAGUUAAAAUGGGGGUUGAUGACAGUUAAAAAAAUAAUAAUGGACAAAAAAACUGCUUUAAUGAACAGACGC